GUAGAUUUGAGAAUUGGUAUAUCUGGCGCAUAGCUUGUAUAUUGCGUUACUAUGAUUCGGAAGCGUGUUGCGUAUAUUGCGAAAAUAAAAGGUUUCAGUCGUGAAGUGAAAAUUAAAGAUGUCAAACGGUUCUUCAAACCGAUGAGGAUAAAAGACUUCAGGGUUCUGAAAAAUGGUAUCGGUUUGGUGUUUUUUAGGAAUCACCAGGACUUGAAUGAAGCACUCAAAAAGAAGGGCGACAUAGGUGGAAGGGCAGUUAAGAUUGAGGAACACAUUCAAGAAGAGAAUGAAACGUCUUAUGUACAAGAACCUGAUCUACCUAAGUGGUUAGUUAAGACAAACGACGAAAUAGUAUCUGCAAUAUUAGAGACCGGCCGGUUAUUUGUCCGUAACUUGUCUUAUGCCUGCACUGAACAAGACCUUGAGAAGUUAUUUUCUGUUCAUGGAUCUCUAUCAGACAUUCAUUUAGCUUUCGACCAUUGGUCUCAAGUGUCCAAGGGGUUUGCGUUCAUCACUUUCCUGUUCCCAUCUGAUGCUGUGAAAGCCUACAAAUCACUAGAUAAAACAAAGUUUAUGGACAGGCUAAUUCACAUCCUCCCUGGUCAAGAAAACACAGAACCUAAGGACUCAUUUAAAAAGCCUCUAAACAAUUUUUCUAGAAAUGAGAAUUUCGCUGAUACACCAAAGAUGCUUCUAUCAAGCUUUCAAAACGAUCGAUUUCAAGAAUUGAAAAAGGAUUCAAGCGUUGGACAUAAUUGGAAUGCUUUAUUUAUUCGUCCAGAUGCUGUUGCUACAUAUUUAGCUGCGAAAUUCGGUUUGACUAUGGAACAAGUUUUAGAUCCAUCAGGAAAUAAGUCAGUUGCUGUACGAUUGGCACAUGGUGAGACACAGUUAGUUGCUGAAAUGAAAGAAUUUUUAAAAACUCAUGGUGUACGAUUGGAAGCUUUCGAAAAACACAAUGAUGAGACUGAGGUGAAAGAAACAGAAGAUAAUUCCGUUGUUGUUCACGAAACAUCAGGUCAACGUAAUCGUUUAGAAUCAAAGUCAAGAUCAACUAUUCGUCAAUUAUCAGGAACUGCAUUUUUAAUAAAAAAUCUACCAGCUGGAACAACUGAGUUUGAAGUUCGAGAUUUGCUUAAACGGUAUACAAAAAGCUCUGUAACUGUUGAUGCUAACACUCCUUCAAUUUGUUCCGGAUUAAAACGUGUUCUAGUACCACCUUUAGGCAUUACUGCUAUUGUAGAAUAUGCCCAUUCUCAACAAGCUCGGUUGAUGUACAAAGCACUUGCAUAUGAACCGUUUAGAGACAGUGUUCUGUUUCUACAGUGGUUACCAGAUGGGGCUCUGAAAUCAUCCACUCCUGAUGAUAAUGAAUAUGAGGAAAUAAAAUCCGAAGAAGCUUCCACACAUAAACCGAAAAGGACGAAACACGAGAAGUCAUCUGUUGAUAAGGUUGAAAAAAUUGAGCAAUCUGACGAUGAAUUUGAACUGAUCACAUCCGUUCCAACUGGUAAACGCAAGUUCAGAGAUGAUCAUGAUGAUGAAGAUACAGUAGCAGUUAUGGAUCACUCAUCUCAUCAUGACAAUGAAAACAUUUCAUAUCAAAUAUCAAAAUCUCAACGAGUUAAAAAACAUUUAAAUAAAAAACAAAAGAUUGAACAAAUAGCUAACAAUAAAUCAAGUGAAUUGGAACUAAUCGACAAAUUUAUGGAACAUAAAAGUAAAAAAGUAAAAUUCACUAACGAUGUUAACGUUGAAUGUGUCAAUCAACUACACUCAAAUAAUGAAAAUAGGAUAAAUAAAUGUGAUACUACUACUAAUAUUAACGAACAACAAAAAGAGGAAAUUAAUAUAAAAAAAUCAAUACCAUCAAAACAGUUGAAAAAGAACAAAAUUUUAAUUGUACGUAAUAUUCCAUUUCAAGCUACACAAAAAGAAUUGAUUGAGUUAUUUCAACCUAUUGGUGGUCUUGUCAAUGUUCGAUUACCAAAAAAACCAACUAGCGGACAUCGUGGAUUUGCAUUCGUUGAAUUCGACACAAUGGACAAAGCAAAAGUUAGUAGAUCGGAAGUGGUGGUUGUUAAAUUCUCUGGAUAUCAUGAAUUAAUCUUAGUUCAAUAUACAUUGGAAACAAAGAAGCAGUGGACAGUUGUUUCGUCCUAGGAUAUAACUACUUAACAGCGCGCAUCCACCCAUCCCAUUGGGAAUCGAACCUAGAACCUUCAAUCUCUCACGGAAACCCUUAACAUCUAGACUACUGAGCCGGGAUCCAUUAGUUUCUAUGUCUAACUUCAACCAGUUUAAUGUUAGUUAAAUAAAACCUAAGAGAAGUAGUAGCAACGCUAUGCAUGUAUCUCAAACUAAUGUGUGGGAGUUGUUUAGAAUACCUUGGUUCCAAAUUUUACUCCAACUAUGAUUUUCUUCUAGUACGUAGUAUUCCUUAAUCGUCAUACUUUACUGGAUUCGUUCCCAUUCAGAACAAGAACUGAGAGCGAACAAUGCUUGCUCCAAUAAUUACAAACAACAAAAAUGCUAUAGUAAAAGGGUAGAUUUUAUAUACAAUUGAAACAAAAAUCUAGCAUUUUCUCGAUUCGCCUAGUAGCACUGAUCAGUGCACUUUGGUUCAAGUCUAAUCAGAUCUGCAAUAGUCAGGGCUCUGUCUUCCUCAGAACUGAUAUUACCAUCAUGGAAUUGUUAAAUACGAGCGUAUAAGUGGAAAAUAGAACUACAAAGGUUAUUCUAUGAUGCAUUAUUGUAUGUAUGUCGAUUGCAUGUUUGAUAAAUAUUUGGUUUAUGAUAUUUUUAUGUUGCCCUAAUUGUAGGCUCUCAGUUAACUGGUUGUUAUUUAUUUAUGUAAACACAAACAUUGGUACAAGGAGGCACCUAAUAUAUAUGCGCCACAUUUCGUCAUUCGAUUUGUGUCAGGCCUGGAAUACUUCCCUGGCACCCAAAUGGAAGCAAGUAAUUUCCUUAUAAGACUACGCCCCCAAAUGCCCUGG